GCACAGAUAAAGACCAAUCUAUUUAAUUGUCGAGACUUUAAAUACCUUUCUUAGUCAAGGGCCCCCCAGAAAAAAAGCAAGGAAGGAAAGCGACGAUACACACUAUGGACCCGAACCCGAGUACGAUGUCUGCAAGCGCACAGCUUCUCGAGAGUGACCUGAUCAACAAGGUUCUCAACUCCGACUCUUCAUUAGAUGUACUUUUGACUAGACUCAAACAAAGUAUCACCACCGGUGAAGAAUUGUCUAAAUUUGUUAGGAAAAAGGCGCAGAUAGAGGACGAUCACUAUAGUCAGCUCAAGAAAUUUGGACAACAAACCAGAACUACCCUCAAAACAUCAGCCGCGGGCAAAAUUAAACAAGAUUCCUUCUCACAACGUAUGGACCAAAUUAUUGGGUUUGAUGAACAAUUGUACAGUGUGGGUGCCUCGUACGUCAAGGCAUUGAACACCAUGUACGACGAGCUCACUGCACUCGUGGCAACCAUCACAAGAUCACGUAAAUCGAUCAAGGAAGAAGGUAAACGGAAGGAAAAAGAAUGUAUGGAUGCCAUCUUGGCAGCUGAAAAGGCCAAACAAAAGUAUUAUCAUUUAUGUGAAGAUUUAGAAAAGCUAAAGGCUUCAGAUCCAAACAAAAAGCUGUUCCUUAAAAACAAAUCCGUGGAACAACAAGAAGAUGAAAUGCAACGCAAAGUCGAUUUAGCUGAUCAAGACUAUAAGCAAAAAGUAUCCACUUGUAAGAAGCUUAAGGAUGAGAUCUUGAUUGUACAUCGUCCAACCAAUUCGAAAAAGUUGAAGACCUUAAUCUUGGAGAUUGAUAUUGCCAUGAAUGUUCAAUUACAAAAGUAUGCUACAUGGAAUGAAAAUCUCAUUAUGAAUUGCGGGGUUCUUGUGUCACCUUUGAAACAGGGGAGUAACACGAAACAGAGUAUGAAGGAUGUUGCAUCGUCUAUCGACAAUGAGAAGGACUUGUAUACAUAUCUUGCCAAGUUUGAAAAACAGCCUGACAAUAAGUCAUUGGUUCCAGUGGAAUACUCUGUCCACCCUAGUUUGGCUGGGAAGCAACAACUGCAAUUUGGCCUGCUGCAACAGGGUGCCAACAAGCCAUUCCUUAGUACCCAUUCUCAAAAGAAUAACAAUUUGGGUCCUGCAGUGGCCGCUUCAUCCAAAAAUGGAUAUAACAAUAAUUCUAACAAUUUUGGUUCAUCUACCACUUCACACACCAAGUCUCCAUCAUCUUCAAUGUUAAAUCCAUUACCAAGCACUCCAUCUCCGAACAGCUCAUCGAUGUUGAAUCCAACCCCAAACACUUCAUCAAUGUUAAACCCAACCACAAAUCCUUCAUCAAUGUUGAAUCCUUCAUCAAUGUUAAAUCCUUCAACAAGCAACAAUCAAUCAUUCGGUUACAAUACAAGUACCGGAAAUACUAAUAAUGACACUACUUCCAAUUUUACAUAUACAUCAUUGGACCCUGCCUCACCCGAUCUACAUGGACCUAAGGUUCUUUCUGCGCUGUCCAGUGGGGUUGGUGCAUCUUCAAGUUCCUCAGCUCCAAGUAGCGUUCCUGCUCCAACCCCUGCACAACCUACUUUUGGAGUAUCGAUUGAAGAAAUCAUCAAGUUUGCUGGAAUUGAUAAUGUUCCACUUGUGGUGAAGAAAUGUAUUGAAAAGAUUGAGAGUUUUGGACUUGACGUUGAAGGUGUCUAUAGAACUUCAGGGAACGCAUCUGCAGUUCAUCAACUUCGUGAUUCUAUCGAUAGAAAUUAUACCAAUUAUCUUCUUAUUGGAGCAAAUGUGAACCCUUCAAAUGUUCUAGAUGCGGAUGUUUGUGCUAUUGCUUCCUUAUUAAAGUUAUACUUUGCAUCAUUACCAGAACCACUUCUUACCACUGAAUAUUACCAAUCAUUUAUCGAGACUGUUAAAUCUCUGGAUGAGACUUAUAUUGCCAAGAAAUUACACCACUUGGUAUUUAAUCUUCCGGAUGGUGCCUAUUUCACAUUAAGAGCAUUGAUUUUCCAUCUUAAAAAGGUUGCGUCGUUUGAAGAUAAGAACAGAAUGAAUGCAAAGAAUUUGGCAAUUAUUUGGGGACCAGCAAUCAUGAAUGAUAACUCAAUGAGUCCAACGGAUUUACAAUAUAAGAGUAAGGUUGUUGAAGAGCUCAUGUUGAUUGCAGAUGAGAUUUUUGAAGCUGAAUAAGAACCGUAGAAUUUGU